CGGCGCACUUGGUCACACUCGCUAACCAAUAUGACUUGAAAAUAUUGUCAUAGAUACAUUGUUAAAUAAAUAAAUAGUUUGCACAGCUACGAUGUACAACUAUUUUAGUUUGUAGGGGGGAUAAGGUGCAAUAGAAAAUGGACAACUUAAAUUUAUACGAAGUUCUAGGAGUGGCUCCGGACGCAAGCGACGAGGAUAUAAAGAAGAACUACCGCAAAUUGGCCAAAGAGUUCCAUCCAGACAAGAAUCCCGAUGCGGGCGACAAGUUCAAGGAGAUAUCCUUUGCCUACGAGGUGCUGUCCGAUCCCGAGAAGCGGCGCAUCUACGACCGUUACGGCUUGAAAGGUCUGCAAGAGGGCGCCGAGGGAUUCUCGGAUGCCUCCGAUUUCUUUGCCCAGUGGUUUCCCUUUGAACGAGUCUCUCCAGGGGGGAGAUGCAGGCGCGACGGCAAGGUCGUGGUAAAGGUGGAGCUGACGCUGGAGGAGAUCUACGUUGGCGGCAUGAAAAAAAAAGUGGAGUACAAGCGGCAGAAGCUGUGUUCCAAGUGCAACGGCGACGGAGGUCCAAAGGAGGCUCGCGAGAGCUGCGAAACCUGCGGCGGAGCGGGCCGGGCCGCCGCCUUUACCUUUAUGGGUCUCAGCCCCUUCGAUGCGACUUGUCCGGCUUGUGACGGCCGGGGAUUCACCAUUAAGGAUGACAAGAAGUGCAGUCCUUGUCAGGGCAGCGGUUUUGUGGAGCAGAAGAUGAAGCGGGACCUGGUCGUUGAGCGGGGAGCACCGCACAUGCUGAAGGUUCCCUUCGCCAACGAGGGUCAUCAAAUGCGAGGCGGCGAGUUUGGGGACCUGAUUGUAGUCAUCGCACAACUGGAGCAUUCGCUCUUUCAGCGCCGCCAUGCUAAUCUGUACAUGCGGGAUCUUGAGAUAAACAUCACGGAGGCGUUAUGCGGCUACACACAUUGCUUUAAGCACCUGGAUGGACGAAACGUAUGCCUGCGCACCCAGCCGGGCGAAGUGCUGCAGCACAACCAAAUUAAGAUGGUGCGGGGCGGUGGGAUGCCUGUUUUUAACAAGGCCACCGACAGCGGAGAUCUCUAUAUGAAGUUUAAGGUUAAGUUUCCUGACAACGACUUUGCCACGGCACCGCAGCUGGCCAUGCUGGAGGAUUUACUGCCCCCCAGGCAGCAAAUAGUGAUCCCCAAGCACGCCGAGGAAGUGCAGAUGACGGACUACAAACCGAUGCCGCGGCAACAGGAAGACGAGGACGGACAGUCGCCACACUUUGAGGGCGUGCAGUGCCAGACGGCUUAGUGCCUGUGGUUGUGGCUCCUGCAGGCGCGGUUUCUCUGUCUCGAUCUGUGGCUGAUACUGGGCACUUUCGGCGUAGAUGAAGUCUGCUUCCUGGUGCCGCUCUUUGUCUUGAUAUGCAUAGUAUUAUUUUUCAUACAGGAAUGUUUGCUGUGAAAAGCGCGUGAUCUAAAUUCGUAGUAUACGUCAUUAUCCGAGACUAAAGCUUAGCUGAUCUGAUCUUCAAUGGGAGUGUCAUAAUUACAGUAGCCACGCUAAAUUAACUGUAUGCUAAAACUAUUAACUACAUAUUUAUUGUUAUUUUUUAGAUGUACUCUUGCCCUAAUUACCCCUACCUAACAAUAAACAGAUACGCAAUAAUCUCACUAUAAAA